CGGCCAAAAGUUGGAAAUAGGCAAGGAGAUUGGUGGCCACAAUCUACUUGUUAGCUAACUAAUAACAUGCUUUGCUUUUCACUCCACACACUCUCACACAUUCACCAAUUUAAUCAUCUUACUAAUUAAAUCACUAAUCCUACUUAUACUCAACACUAUAAAUACAUAUACACUCGUAUUGAUUUCUCUCUCGUCCACACUUAAUCGCUCCUCUCCACUUUCCCACAGCGAUGAACACCGAUCUCUCGGAAGAAUUCUCCGCCUCCAACGAUCACGCCGUCUUCAAACGAAAGCGCACCAAGCGCCACCGCCCCUCCGCCGUCGAUUCAAAUUCAUCUCCCUCCACCACUGAAAUUGCAUCAACAAACACAGAAGAAGACGAAGACCUCGCCAAUUGCCUCAUCCUCCUCGCCCGCGGCCGCCUCCGCCCCCAAUCCACCCGCCGGAAAUUCGCCGAAGACGCCUACGAGUGCAAGACCUGCAGCCGCACUUUCGCCUCCUUUCAAGCAUUAGGCGGCCACCGCACCAGCCACAGAAAACCUAAUUCCGCCGCGGAAUUACUCGAUCGCAAAAUUAGGUCACCGCCGCCGCCGGAGGAAGCGAAAUUAGGCAAAUUCGACACGAUUGUUGACACUCCGCCGCCUCCAAUAAAGCUUCAGAUGAGUAAAAUCCACGAGUGCUCGAUCUGCGGAUCGGAAUUCGCGUCGGGGCAGGCGCUGGGCGGCCACAUGAGACGACACCGUUCUCCUCCACCGUCGGCGGCGGCGAGAAGUGGCGAUGAUUCUGAUUCGAGCGAUCACGAUCAUCGUCAUCGGAAUGUGUUCUCGUUGGAUCUCAACUUGCCGGCGCCGCCGGAGGAGUUCUCGAAGCCGCGGCUUAUUUUCGCGGCGGUGGUGGAUUGCCACUACUGAGGGAGGGCUGACUAUUUCGGUCAAUUAUUGUGAAUAAUUUAUUUAUAAUUUUUAAAAUUUGGAUAGUGUUAUGAUAUUAUAAGUGGCAUUUAAAAAUUUUAAUUUGAUCAGCAAUUCUUUGAAUCGAGCCAAAUAUUUAAUUUGGUUUUUACGUUUGGAAUUGAAAUAUAUUGGAGUGAUCAAGUGGUCACAAUUCAUGGUUGCCUUUCAUUCACGAAAAGUGAGUCAUGAUGCAUAUUUCUUUAUGCUCUUUUUGUUUCUUAUUCACUAAAUGUAGUUUUCAUGUUCUUUUUGUGUAUGUAAAGUGAGAUAAGAGUGAGUGAAAUAGUGUGGAUCGCGGAAGGAUGUUGAGUGGGUUUUUCAGUCUA